CAGGCGUUUAUCGAUCGAGAUGAAAAUAGAAUCCUAAGGAUCAUACCUGAGAUGGCAACUUCUAAAGUGAUAAGAGAAUGGCUGGCAGAGUACAAGGUACUUUCCAAAGAAGAGUUCCAUAGCUAUGCUGCGUCUAUACGACACAAUGGGGAGUUGAUAGCUGGUCUCCAUGCCUUGUUUGAUACACACCCUGAUACAGAGGUUCUGGAUCCAAUAUGUCAUCAGCUGUUCGAAUUCUACCGCUCUCGGAAAGAUGAGCUGCAACGAUUCUCGCUGGAGUUGCUGCCUUCCCUCGUGUGGCUGUAUCUGUCAUUUAUAAGCAGAGGAGAGAAAUCGAAGUGUGGGGGCGUGGAGGCCUUUCUUCUAUCUGUCUACAAUCUGGAGACAUGCAACCCGGAUGGUUCCCCAAAGGUCAAGCUGUUCAGGGUACCGGUACUUUCAAAGGCCUCCAUAUACCAUGAGCCACAAGCGCUCAGCACAUCCCCUCUAUCGGAAUCCACACUUAGACGUUUUAAUGCGGAGCAGUCCGAGCAUCGUGAUGGCCCACACCCCCAGUUUGAAGCAGUCAAUGGUCAGAAUCGACACAGCAUUCUGGCUUACCUAAUACAGUGUUACCAUAACAACAUCUCUGUUCUGUCUGCAAGAUCUCAUAGAAUUUUCUGCAAAAUGUGCUCCAGGAUAGUUACAACAGGGUUUCACACAUUGAUACCAGAUGAUGAGGAUGACCUUGUUCGAACAACGGCAACUCUUCAUGAGGCUGCAAGACGGAUAAACCAAAUUGGAGAUAUUGACGCUGAUAGACGGUUAAGUCAAACUGCUGGAUUGGACCCAGCCAAGCGGAUAAACCAAACUGGGGAAUUAGAUCCACGUAUAAGUGUCAGUCCUGCUCUAUUAAUAGACAUGCUGACAUGUUUGUAUUUUAUCAUGUUUAAUGGCCAGGCAGGCCCCGGGGCUCAAGCUGUGGUGGAUAUUCAUUAUCGGGCGUGUUACGAACUGUUACCUGAUGUCUUACUGGUAACCAAUGCUAUUAGGAAUUCCCUACGGGAAAACCCCUCAGGGCAGCCAGAUGAUGGACCAAUCGGAUUGAGUCUUGCUCUGUCACCAGCUUCUUCAAACUACACACUGUCAAAGACAGCCAUAACAAAUGCAUCAUUCAGGGCUAAAAAGUUACCAGAUGAUAUUCCUGUGCAGCCAGAUGAAUCUGGCAAAUUACCAACGAUUUCAGAAGAUGAUACAUCUUCUAAGACGAAGACAUCAAAGACGAAACAAGCGAAAAAAGACAAAACUGGGGACCGCUCCAAGGCUAAGGAAAGCCGCACUAAUUCUGGCAUGAAUAAUUCGAUAAUAAGCAUUAGCGAUCAGUCCAGUGAUAACUUAACUGUAGCCGUCAUCAAAGGCCAACAACGGAAUUCCGUAGAUAGCAUUGAAAUGGCAGGUUUUAUUAAAACUAAAGAAACAACUUCGAAUAAAUCUAGAGAUUCCAUUGAUGGAGGGUCAUCACCCUUCAUUGCCAAGCAUGUGACAGCAUCAUCAGCAAAAACAGGUUCGGGAAUGAAGACUAGUAUUUCUAAUAAAGACAUAAAAAAUGCAAAACAGACAUCAGGACAUUCUAGAAACUUGUCAGGAGAUUCAGCUGCCUCCGAAAACCAGAGUACAGAUCUUUAGUGUUCAUUUGUUUAGUUUGUUAUAUGAAUUUAUGUACCAAAUAAGUGCUUAUCUCUCAUCUAAUGCAUUUUGUAUCACAUAUGGCAUUGAUAUAUUCAUAUAGUUAACAAUUUGUUUCUGCUUGUUAAUGUCAUACUGUGUUUAAUUCUGGGCAAAAUGUUAACUUAGCAUUAGAGAUUAUAUUUGUAUAUCAAUAUUCAAUUCAAUAUUUAUUCAAUUCAAUAUUUAUUUGUUGACAGGUACUAUGUACAACAGUAAACAUAAGUUUGACUGACAUGAUUUUAUAUGUAUUUUUUCUUACUAAAUAUUUGUUAUGUCAUUUGUAACAUAACAAUUUGAUGAAGUUCCCCCAGGGUUUACUUUUUCCAUGCAACUUAGUAUUUAGACUACAGUAAAACUGCGGUCGUUCGAACAGGCGAUCGUUCAAGAACUGGUGGUCCGUCGAGGUCGAAGCUUAGUCCCGAACAUUAUACCUUCUAUUUUUAAUAGAUUUUAUAUAAAAUAUACUAAAGCUACAUUGAAACCUUAAUAAGUUGAGAAGUCUAUGAAAAGAAUUCCUUCUUGUCAAUAUGGCAAAUGAGAAAGAACUCGUCAAACACCAAACAAUAUUUAUUCUUUUUUCUUUUACAUUUUCACAUUUUGUAUACAACAGCCUUUGAACAUGUAAGUGAUUUACACAACGCAAUACAUAAUCAGUGUCAAAGUAAACAAUCGGGUGACAACUUCAAACUUAACAUACACUGAAAGACAUGUCAUAACAGACUGGAAAAUGGAAACUUGGGUCAUUCCAAACAUCGGAUCCCUCGAGGUUUUAACUCUGUGAUCCUUGAGCGAUUGCAGUUUUACUGUAUAAGUUUUUCGUUUUGUAUUAUUUGUUUCCAUAUAAUAAUGUAAAGUAUAUAUCAUUUUGUAAGAGUAGGGGGUUGCCUUUAAAAACAACCAUUAAACCUUUUAUAGUAUUUCUGAUUAGCUGAUGAUGUAUAAACACUGAUAUUAAAGUACUUUGACAUCUUGCAUGUAGGUUGUAUGAAAUUCCAUUUGUUGUAAAACAUGUUUUACAGUUCGCAGAUUUAAUGCAUAAAUACUAUUAAUAAAGUGAGGAAAGACUUAA